CCUGGAGGAGCCCGCGGCCGCCGGCGCGAAGGAGAAGGACGAAGCGCUGGAGGAGAAGCUCAGGAACUUAACUUUCCGGAAGCAGGUCUCUUACAGGAAAGCAAUCUCCCGGGCAGGCCUGCAGCACCUGGCUCCUGCACAUCCCCUCAGCCUUCCUGUGGCAAAUGGUCCAGCGAAGGAGCCCAGAGCGACUCUGGACUGGAGUGAGAAUGCCGUGAAUGGAGAGCACCUGUGGCUGGAGACCAACGUCUCAGGAGACCUGUGUUACCUGGGAGAGGAGAACUGCCAAGUCAGAUUUGCAAAAUCGGCCCUCAGGAGGAAGUGUGCGGUCUGUAAAAUCGUCGUCCACACCGCCUGCAUUGAACAGCUAGAAAAGAUUAAUUUCAGAUGUAAACCAACAUUUCGAGAAGGGGGCUCAAGAUCGCCAAGAGAAAACUUUGUGCGUCAUCACUGGGUGCACAGGCGUCGGCAGGAGGGAAAAUGUAAGCAGUGUGGUAAGGGCUUCCAGCAAAAGUUCUCCUUCCACAGUAAAGAGAUUGUGGCUAUCAGCUGUUCCUGGUGCAAACAGGCGUUUCACAAUAAGGUGACCUGCUUCAUGCUGCAUCACAUUGAAGAACCCUGCUCCCUGGGGGCUCAUGCUGCUGUCAUUGUCCCGCCCACCUGGAUCAUUAAGGUGAAGAAACCUCAGAACUCGCUGAAGGCUUCAAAUCGGAAGAAGAAGAGAACAAGCUUUAAAAGAAAAGCCAGUAAAAGAGGAACUGAACAGGAAAACAGAGGUCGACCUUUUGUGAUAAAACCUAUCUCUUCUCCUCUCAUGAAGCCCUUGCUUGUGUUUGUGAACCCCAAGAGCGGAGGCAACCAGGGAACCAAAGUCCUGCAGAUGUUCAUGUGGUACCUGAAUCCACGACAGGUCUUUGAUCUAUCUCAGGAAGGGCCAAAAGAUGCGCUUGAGUUAUAUAGGAAGGUACCAAAUCUACGAAUUCUGGCCUGUGGCGGGGAUGGAACGGUGGGCUGGAUCCUUUCUAUUCUGGAUGAACUGCAGCUGAGCCCUCAGCCUCCUGUCGGGGUCCUUCCACUGGGAACUGGGAACGACCUGGCUCGAACUCUCAACUGGGGAGGGGGCUACACUGAUGAACCUGUUUCGAAGAUCCUUUGCCAAGUCGAAGAUGGGACAAUUGUACAGCUGGAUCGCUGGAACCUCCACGUGGAAAGAAACCCAGACUUGCCUCCAGAAGAACUUGAAGAUGGUGUGUGUAAGCUUCCUCUGAAUGUUUUCAAUAAUUACUUCAGCCUUGGAUUUGAUGCCCACGUCACACUGGAGUUCCAUGAAUCCAGAGAAGCAAAUCCAGAGAAAUUCAACAGUCGUUUUCGAAAUAAAAUGUUCUAUGCAGGGGCAGCUUUUUCUGAUUUCCUACAGAGAAGCUCUAGAGAUCUUUCCAAACAUGUUAAAGUUGUUUGUGAUGGAACAGAUCUCACUCCAAAGAUUCAGGAACUGAAGUUCCAGUGUAUAGUAUUUUUAAAUAUACCCAGAUAUUGUGCUGGCACAAUGCCCUGGGGGAACCCAGGAGAUCACCAUGAUUUUGAACCUCAGCGUCAUGAUGAUGGUUAUAUUGAAGUAAUUGGAUUCACUAUGGCCUCUUUGGCUGCCCUGCAAGUUGGGGGCCAUGGGGAAAGGCUACACCAGUGUCGGGAGGUCGUGCUGCUCACUUACAAACCCAUCCCCAUGCAAGUGGAUGGGGAGCCCUGUAGGUUGGCCCCAGCUAUGAUUCGGAUCUCCUUGAGGAAUCAAGCCAACAUGGUGCAGAAGAGCAAGAGGAGAACAUCCAUGCCUUUACUCAAUGAUAUCCAUCAGGUGCCAGCUGCCGACCUGCGGAGAGUAUCUGCUCCCCCUGGCUCCUUCACCACUCCCCAAUCUGUCCCAGACCGCCUGAGGAUCCGGGUGAACAAAAUCAGUUUACAAGACUAUGAAGGAUUCCACUAUGACAAAGAGAAACUUCGGGAAGCUUCUAUCCCUCUGGGUAUUCUAGUUGUGCGUGGAGACUGUGACUUGGAGACUUGCCGUAUGUACAUAGAUCGCCUACAGGAGGACCUGCAGUCAGUUUCGUCUGGCUCCCAGAGAGUUCAUUACCAGAUGUUUCCGUGUCCAAGAUGGCUGCCAUUAGCAACCAGGGCUGCAUGUGUCUUCUUCACAUCCAGGAAAGACCACGAAACCUCCUUUCCCAGGGCGCUCUCAGCCCAGAGACUUUCCCCGCGGUGGUGCUUUCUAGAUGCAACUUCUGCUGAUCGCUUUUACCGAAUAGACAGAUCUCAGGAACAUUUGCACUUUGUGAUGGAGAUUUCCCAAGAUGAGAUUUUUAUUCUGGACCCCGAUAUGGUAUUGUCACAGCAGGCAGGGACCCCUCCCGGAAUGCCUGACCUGGUGGUGGAGCAAGCCUCAGGAGUGGCAGACUGGUGGAACCCUGCCCUACGGAAACGCAUGCUGAGCGACAGCGGGCUGGGAAUGAUUACUCCGCAUUAUGAAGACUCAGAUUUGAGGGACCUCAGCCACUCCCGUGUGCUACAGUCACCAGUCUCUUCAGAAGAUCAUGCAAUUUUGCAGGCAGUAAUAGCUGGUGAUCUUAUGAAGCUAAUAGAAAGCUAUAAAAACGGAGGGAGUCUGCUAAUUCAGGGACCAGACCACUGUUCACUCCUUCACCAUGCAGCUAAAACCGGCAACGGGGAGAUUGUGAAAUAUAUCCUUGACCACGGACCUUCUGAGUUAUUGGAUAUGGCAGACAGCGAAACGGGUGAGACCGCACUGCACAAGGCUGCCUGCCAGCGGAACCGGGCUGUGUGCCAGCUUCUGGUGGAUGCGGGAGCAUCUCUGAGAAAGACGGACUCCAAGGGUAAGACACCUCAAGAGAGAGCACAGCAAGCUGGAGACCCAGAUUUGGCUGCUUACCUAGAAAGCCGCCAGAACUAUAAGAUCAUUGGCCACGAGGACCUGGAAACUGCUGUUUGACCCUGGUAGAUCACAAAGAGAACUUGAGCGAGCAUAUCACCUGUGCCCUCCCGGCGAUCGGGCAGCUCCCCUGGAAGAAGCUGAUGGAAUCCAUAAAUCUGUCUCUCUCCUGCAAGAAUCAAUCUGAUACCAUGUCACCAGUUGUUAAGGGCUACCAAGACGUCCAACAGAACAUGAUAGCCCACCGAGGAAGAGGCAGGAUACCUGGAGAUUUGUGGAAUACAAGUUCCACGAAAUUUGAUCCUUAUUGCUUCCAGCAAGUAGCAUGAACUUCUGUGUUCACCUGUAUAAUUUAUUUUCAAGAUUCAAAGGAUGUUCGUAUACAUGGCACUGCUCCCGCCUCCCCCUGUGCAUUCAUGACUCCCCUGUACCACACAAUUCUACUGUAACUACUCACCGUUCGAAAAAUAUGAUCUGUUCUCUUUACAUUCAGUCUUUGAAGACCACAAGACCGUCUGAAGGUCUUUGAAAACCCUCUGGAUGUCCUGCAGAAACACAACUGUAAAGCUGCUUCCAUUUCCCAGAUGAAAUAUACCAAGACUAUUAGUGACUUUUUGCAUGUUCCCUCCCUCCCACCCAACCACCCACCCAACCCCUUAUCAUUAACUAGGAGCUGGGACGUGCCACAUGGAUAAUGUCAACUUGUGUGCUCUUAUCUCUGAGGUAUGGUGAGGUGGCAUGGGAGGGAACCCAGGGGCCGGCCCGGGGUUGUGGGGCUGUUGCUGAUAGCCCCGAGGACUGGUUCAGCUUGGGCUGUUUGCACAGCUCCGUACUGCCUACGUGUAGCCAUCUUUGCCUUUUGCCGCAAUAGAGACGAGCGAAGGAUUAAACGAAGGCCCAUGGCUGGUUUGCAGAACCACUGGAUUUUUAAGUGCAGUUGAAGUUGCCCGAGCAGAAAACCAUGUGCAAGAGCUGUGAUAACAGGAAAUGGAGCACUGUGACAGCGUUUACGUGUAGACUUUCUUGAGUGAUAAGAGAAAGCAGGCUAAUUGACUGGAAAUGAAACAGCCAAUGCAAAAGUAGCAACAUAUUGAGUCAAAAUAACUCACUUAAGCAAGAAAACGGUCACUGGAAUAUUGCACAGAGGCUAAUAAGUAUAGACCCUUAGGUGCAGUGGUGGAAGGGGGGGCCAUUUUAGCUUUUCCUUCUAAGGUUUUGGUUUUCAUUACCCCCAAGUAAGCCUUGUCCCAAGGAUAAAGCCUUGUUUUAUGAGUUCCACUGCCAGAUUCCCAGGAUGGCUGGAUCUUUCUGAUGGAUGCCUCACCUUUUACUUGUCCAGUCCCAGGUUAUGCUUGAUAGCACUACAGCCCCAUUUCUCCUGUAUGGGGUAGUCUAAUAUAUUCUCUUCUCUGUUUUCCUUUGCUGGAAAAUUCUUAGUACAAACCGCUGUGGGAGCCUAGCCAGAAAUGUGUCUCUAAAAUUGGAAUUGCAACUUCUCAUCCUGCCACAGAUCCGUUGGUCCACACAGGUCCCUCUACUGGGGAUUCUGUGAUAACUACGAUAGCAAGAGAAAAAGUCUAACUUUCAGUGAAGAUAUCUGUUCAACUUGGGUGUAAGUGAGAAAUGAAAGCGGGUGAUUAAGGGUUGUUUCAGACUAAAACCGAUGUCUUCUGAGCUUUCUUCCAUUUUGCUCUUGGACACAAGCAAAGUGCUUCUCUGGUGUUUCUGCAUGUGAACGUAUAAAUGAUGGUUUUUCUACAUUUACUGAAAAGGUCCAGUGGUGACGCAUUGCUUAUCUGAAUUUCGUCUGGUCACAUAACAGUUUGAAAGGACAGCUAUGAAUACUGGAUUAAGUAGGAGUAGCUUCUCAGUGGAUGGGAACGUCGUUCCAAAGUCAAAUCGUUGGUGUUGUUUCCAGUUGUGGGAGAAGAGGUUGGUCAUGAGUAAUCUGUUGUCAUCUAACAGUCUUAGUAAUGGAAUUAUCUGUUGGGUUUUAUAGUGAAGGGAAGGAGGACUGCAGUAGGUUGUUUCCAGAAGCUGGAAAAAAUAUGCUCCAGGAGAUUUUCAUCACUGGGCUUCAUCUGGGAGUUUUUCAGUUGGUGGCACCAUCAAAGAGAUGUUGUGAUGACAGAAAUAUAAUCUCUAAAACCGACUGGAGUCUGGCCUUGAAUGGUGCCUUCCAUUCCCUAGAUUUAGCCAAACAGUUGACCACACCAUCGGUUACCCAGCUGCCAUUUCUGGGAUGAAGGACUAUUUUCACCAACUACCAUCUCACAUUUCUUUGUGAUGCUUCAGAGCAGCCCAGAGAAAAUUGAGGGUAUAGAUGGCUAUGGGCCAAUUCAAAUAGGUCCAACUGAAGUCACAAGUAAAUUCCUGGUGUGAAAGUAGAUUAGCUAAUGAUUACUGUAGGAGUUCUGGUACAUUUGAAAAUAAUUCCAAGCCAAAAAAAAAAGCUCUAUGUUGUUGAUGGGAAGCAUACAACCAAGGCAAAUAACUCUUUGAAAAAGCAAAUGCCCUCAGGACUUGGGUUUUCCAAGAAAAGAACAUCAAAAAUGAGCAGAACAGUUAUAUAUUCAAUGGAUUCGAUAUUAAACCUACCUCCUGUAGCAUUUUUAAAAAUUGAUCUCUGCGUGUGACAGUCCUGGGCUUUAGAAAGGCCAUAUGUUCCAGCAGUUUCCAGCUCAGCCUAAGUAUAUCUUCUCACCUUUAAUGGGCCAUCAGAAAGUAUAGAAGCAAAUGGUCUGGCCCUGGUCUUUAAACCCACAUGCAUUUAAUUUAAAAUACAUAAAACUAUAUACUUAUAGAAAUAGCAAUUUCUACAAAACCUCCUGAGACAGUACUGGAGAGAGACUGCCUUAGCUGGCAUUCAUUCCUCUGUGUUUGGCUCAGAAGAGCCCCUCACAUGGUGGUGCUUUCUGCUCUGGGAUUCCAUUUUUAGGUUAGGCUGACAGGGAGGGGUAUGAGAAAUGGCGAGUUAUUACAAGACAACAUCAUAGAACCCUGAAGGUAGUCAGUUUUGAGGCCGUAGAUUCCAGUCGUACACAUUUAAUGAAAUAGAACCCAGCUAAGCUGUGCUUUAUCACAUUCAAGGACUUGAUAAAAAACAGAAGCCAAGAAGGAAAUAAACACCAUGGCUGCGAAUUUCACUUGGAGGGUUCUGGUUACCUCUUGUGGAGGCUUUAACUUAAAACCAAUGCAAUUUCUGAAAAAGAGAUCUUAGCUGGCAAGUGCACAGCCAUGAAGUUAGCGACAGCUGAUGGGAAACCUUGCCUACCCCGUGGCUCCCUAGGCCAUCAUGGGAGCUGGCCCUAGCGCUUAGGCAGAUCUUUUUGCAUUGAGAGAUACUCAGCAGGUAGCUUUUGUUUGGACCUCAUAACCAUUUCUUUGCCUAAAGUGUUUCUGAAAUGUAUUUACCAGACUUCUCAUAAUCUCCAUGUUUUACAAUAUGUGGGGCAGCAGUUUUAAGUGUUUAUGGGUCUCUUUUAUUUAAAUUGUUUAAUUUUAUUUAGAUCGUUUAAUUUAUAGCAGUCAAACAUGCUUUUUAUCAGAAGUUCGAAUAGCACAGAUGAGAAUCACGGGCAAGGUCAAGGUGUUCGUCUGUGCUGGUGUAGUGUCCUCAGCCCCCCUCCCCAGAGAUAAGCGGCGUUAACACCAAUAAACAUUGUCGCUUGUAUGUUGUCAGAAAUACUGUGUACGCAAGCCCCCCCACCCACGUAUAGAAAUAUAUUUAUUUGUAUACGUGUGUGUAUAUCUGUACUAUACACACGCUAUUGCAUAGGCUUAUAAUAGAACAUUUUAGAAGCAUGUUAAUCAUCUCUGUGUAUAGUUAACACCAACAGGCAAAGACAGGCUAACAAAGUUCUCAUUUAUUCUUUGUUGUUUUUACCGUUGCUAAGCUUAGUUCUUUUACUGCAGCACUCCAGCUACACAUGGCAUUUGCUGUGUGUCAUAAAAUCCAUGACCAAGAGGUCUUAUAAUGGUUUAUGUUACCUUAUGUGAAGCAUGAAACCUACGUGAGCCCAGAGCCUUGUCUGCGCUAUUUUUGGAUCUCACAUGGAGAGUUUCUUUCUCUGUCCUGCUCACUCCCCUUACCAAGGCUGAGUUUGCAGGGCUAAUAACACUCCAUACACUGCCUGAUGAUAUUUAAUUAGGGCCAGCUACUGACAGGAAGGUGUAGUAACUUGGAUAUGGGCUGGGGUCUGAAGAGCUUGGCUUCCUUCCAGUAGGAGUAGCUAAUGAAAUCACUGAAAACAGUGUGAUCUUUUACUCAAUUAUGCUGUUUAAAAAUAAAAUAGAUCAUUGUUGAAAUGACUCCUCAUAGCCAUCAAAUAAAACUAACUGCUCUACUUAAAUGGAUUAUCUUCAUUUUAGCUAAGAAAAAAAGUAGAACAUCUAUUAAAUGAGAAGACUUUUCUAACUAACCUUUAGCACUUAUUUGUGUAAAAUCGUCUCUGUCCAGGUCUCCCUAGAACCUUCUCUUAAUCUCUCUACUUUCUCGUUCUCUGAAUUCCAUAUUCAGCUGACUGGUGUAGUUUUUUCUCUGCCGAGCCUCUCAGAUUGACUUUGGCCCCAACCCUUUCUGCGACCAGGUCAUCAUCCAUCUCUGGUCCCUCCAAUUUUCCUGACCAUGGCAGUAGUCCUCCUGGACUUUCCGCCACUACCUUCGUAAUUUUGUCAUACAGCUGCCCAGAUUUUCCCCAGGCAUUAGGCU